UUUUCGCCGCUACAUCGGCGACAUUCGUCACUCUGCUAGUUUCACUCGAUCGCGACGGUUGUGCGUGUACCGAUUCCCCAGACUUCCGAUUGUUCCGAUUUCCGCGCUAUAUAGCCGUCAAGAUGAGACACCUCAUGUUCCUGAUGCUGAUGGUUCUGCCCAUCGUAAUUACCACUUUCUCAGCGCCCCACAAGUUUGGAGCUUAUGCCGCUGAGCCCGUUGAGGAUGAUCUGGUGGACGUGGACAGCGAAGAGGGCGCUGUGACUGGUGAGGAUGCGGAGACGGACGAGGAUACUGAUUCUGGUAGCAGCAGCUCACCCAAUGCCGACACAUAUCUACUCUUCACGAAGCCAUUGUACACUCCUGGCCAGCAGCUGGAUCUGCCCGGCGGCAAACCUGUGGAGUUCCUCAUCGGUUUCACGAACAAGGGCGCCGAGGAGUUUGUGAUCGAGACUGUUGAGGCCUCGUUCCGUUAUCCCAUGGACUUCAACUACUUCAUCCAGAACUUCUCCGCUGUGGCCUACAACCGUGAGGUUAAGCCCGGUUUCGAGUCGACUGUGUCGUACACUUUCCUGCCCUCGGACCAGUUCGCCGGCCGUCCAUUCGGUCUGAACAUUGCUCUGGCCUACCGCGAUGCCAAUGGCAUUCAGUACAACGAGGCCGUCUUCAACGAGACCGUUCUGAUUUCCGAGGUCGAUGAGGGACUCGAUGGCGAGACCUUCUUCCUGUACGUCCUGCUGGCGGGUAUUGUCGUCCUGCUCCUGGUCAUCGGCCAACAGUAUCUGCUGGGCAGCUCUGGCAAGCGCAAGCGUGCUGCUGCCAAGAAGGUCAUUGAAACUGGAACUGCCAACGACAGCACCAUCGACUAUGACUGGGUGCCCCAGGAAACGCUCCGUGCUCUGCAGAAAUCUCCACCCAAAUCCAAGACGCCCAAGACCUCGCCAAAGCCCGGCAAGCAGGCCAGCCCCAAGGCUGCCAGCCAACAGAGCCCCAAGCAGCGCAAGGUCAAGCGAUCGGCUGGCGAUGAUUAGAUGGAUCAGUUAUCAGGUCCUCUCAAGACUGCACAUCCCAGCAAGCUAACAACAAUACAAUACCAACACCACCAACAAACAGCAAAAGCAACAGCAGCAGCAGAAGCAGAAGAAGAAGCCAAUGUAGCCAAUGAUGAUGAAAAAACAGCCCAACACAGAAAAA